UCAAGCAAGGCAACGGAGCUUUUGGGUUGCGGUCCGAUGAAAUUUGUCGGGGAGCCGUCGCCAUGUUUAGAAGUGUGUGCGUCCUUGAGAAGAGUCGAGCGCAAAAUGUUCUCUUAAAAUAUGAGAUAUAGCUCACGUGCCGAAUAUUACGUGGGGUACCUAAUUACGCUUUAACACAUUCUAAUUAUCGGUGUGAUGUUAUUUUUCGCGGAUGGCUAACCUACGUUGGAGAAUUUUGUGAUUACAUUAUGUGUGACGUGCGAUGAGUGAUAAGCAGACUGCUGCUAGUCUACCGCCCCUGGUUGGGGGCGGAGGAAAUAAUGGGAGCUCAUCCCAACAAACAGUUAGACUACAACAAGUUCUGGCCAAUACCCAAGGCCUUAACGUCCUCACAACAGGUGGCGGACAACAAUUUGUCAUCACUUCACAAGUUCCUGGCCUCGCACAGGUUAUACCUGGAACAAUCACCACUAAUGCUGGUGUUCAACAAGUCGGGGUUACAAGAAUUGUCAAUAUCAGUAGUACUUCGCCAAGAGUUAGCGUCGUUGGAGUUGCAGGUGCGAGCAGUUCGCCGCUUCCGUCUCCGACUCGCAAGAGUCCUGCCAAAGUCGUCUUGUCAACGUCUCCCAAGCUGGUCAGAACAACAACACCGAAUGUAUUUGUCACGCCGACUUCGCAGAGUUCGGUACAAUCUCCGCCGGUGAGAAAGAGACUCAGGCUCACAGAGUCGACCGAAAAAGCAACUACAGUUGAAGACUCAUUGGGCUACAGAAGACGCAUCAUGGAACAUAAAAUGACGAGGAUGCGAGCGAUCCGAGAAAAGUAUGCUGAGAAUGCAUCUGAGUUGUUCUUCCUUCACGCUGGUGGAAAUAUGAUGGAUUUUCAAAACUGGAGGAAGCAACCGUUCACUGCCCAGUACUUGCAUUUCUUGAGACAGCACAGACUUGAUCCCGAGGAUGACGAUGAGGAUUUGACCGUUCCUUUGCCUGCGGUCAUUUCAGACGUGCCAACUUCUAGCCUCACAACCAGUUUCGUCGCUGCUGCUUCCAGUAGUCAGGGUACCGAAGUUAAAAUUCCAGGUGCAGGCGUCACUCCUGUCGCUGUUUCUACCACUCUCCCUGCAGCCGUUGCCCAACUAAGCCAACAAGGACAAGUACCAGGUAGGCCCCAGGGAGGCCGCCACGGCAUGGUGUUUGCGAUACGACCAGCUGUACAGAAUCCACCAGCCACUACUCACCCUUCACCUACCUCUACCAUAGCACCCACCUUCAUUAUAGGUGGCACUCCCAUAGUUCCGGAUCCACCGAAAUCAUCACCAGUACAAUCGAGUCCUGUUGCUGAACGAAUUCCAACUGCAGGAACAUCGAAUAAAACACCAAAAGUUACGACAAGUCUUACCUCUUCUCAGCCCGUUGUCAAGCUUGUCAAAUUACCAGCAUCAACUGUAGUCUCUUCUUGUGACAUGACAAACAAUCAGGAACAAAUUGUAGAAAAAGCGAAACAGGAAGCAUACGUUAUGCAAAGGAUCUCAGAAUUACAACGAGAAGGUUUGUGGUCGGAGCGACGGUUGCCCAAAGUUCAGGAACCUUCAAGAACAAAAGCCCAUUGGGAUUACCUUUUGGAGGAAAUGGUUUGGUUGGCUGCCGACUUUGCACAGGAAAGAAAGUGGAAAAAGGCUGCGGCAAAAAAGUGUGCCAGAAUGGUUCAGAAACAUUUCCAAGAGAAGGCUGUUCAAGCACAAAAGGCAGAGAAGUCUCACGAGCUCAGAUUGAAAAAAAUCGCCGGUUUUGUUGCCAAAGAGAUUAAAACAUUUUGGACAAACGUUGAAAAGCUGGUGGAAUACAAGCAACAAACUAGAUUAGAAGAGAAAAGAAAAAAGGCGUUGGAUCAGCAUUUAAAUUUUAUCGUUGGUCAGACUGAAAAAUAUUCCACCUGGCUCACUGAAGGGUUGAAUAAAGCCGAAGGAGCACCCAGUGUUUCUGCUUCAAUGAAUAGUUCUCGGAUAUCGUCUCCUAUUACCGCUGGAAAACAUUAUUCUGAUGAUGAAUUCGAGCCUAAUCAAAGUUCGGACGACGAUGAAGAGACAAUUGCUAAGGCUGAGGAGGAGAUGAAGUCGACGACAAAUCACGUAGAGGAGGUUGAAAUGUUGAAACGCGAGUCGGAACUUCCUUUGGAAGAUUUGCUGAAAGAAUUACCUCCCAACUACCUCGAGGAACGAGAUAAAAGCCUCUCCCCUGGUCCGAACGAGGCUGUUGGAAAUGAUUCAAAUUCCAUGGACGGUGAUGAAGAAUUUAUCGCUGCUUCAGACGAAUCGUCAGACUACGAGGACACAAUUAUGGAACAGGAGAAACUUGAACUUAAUCAGGAUCAUAAACAGGAACUGAACGAUCUCAAGGCUGAAAAUGAAAUGUCCAUUGACGAGCUUAUGGCGAAGUAUGGGAACUUACCAGACGCGCCUAUGGACGUUGAUAUAGAAAGUGAUGGAGAGUCCAGCAAGGAUUCAGUGAAAGAUGAAGAGGAAGAGGAAGACAGGGUGGAAGAUAGCGAGGUUGAAAGUGAAAGUGAUGAUGAGACCAAAGACGAGGAUUCGCAAACUCAAAGCGACGACGAAACUAACGUUGGUCUUAAAUCCCUUUUGGAAGAUUUAUCAGUUGAAAAAUCUCCAAACGAUAAGAGCAUUGCAGAAUCGAUGGACAAAUCAGACCAAGCCAGAAACGAGAUGGAUGACGUUGCGGCACUAGCUGAAAGCAUACAGCCUAAGGGAAACACGCUGUUGACGACAAGUGUUGUGACAAAAAUCCCGUUUCUGCUUAAACACUCAUUGAGAGAAUAUCAGCAUAUUGGUUUGGACUGGUUGGUAACAAUGUUUGAAAGAAAAUUGAAUGGUAUACUAGCGGAUGAAAUGGGUCUCGGAAAAACCAUACAAACGAUCGCCCUCCUGGCACACUUGGCCUGUGAAAAAGGCAAUUGGGGUCCGCAUCUUAUCAUAGUUCCUACUUCGGUAAUGCUAAAUUGGGAAAUGGAGUGCAAGAAGUGGUGUCCUGGUUUCAAGAUAUUAACUUAUUAUGGCACACAGAAAGAAAGAAAACAAAAACGAACAGGUUGGACUAAGCCGAAUGCCUUUCACAUAUGUAUUACGUCUUACAAAUUGGUUAUUCAAGAUCAUCAAAGUUUUAGACGAAAGAAAUGGAAAUAUCUUAUACUUGACGAGGCGCAAAAUAUAAAAAAUUUCAAAUCUCAAAGAUGGCAGCUUCUGUUGAAUUUUCAGACUCAGCGGCGGCUAUUGCUAACAGGGACGCCGCUUCAAAACAAUCUAAUGGAACUCUGGUCGUUGAUGCAUUUUUUAAUGCCAAACGUAUUCCAAUCUCACAGAGAAUUCAAGGAAUGGUUUAGCAACCCUGUUACCGGAAUGAUCGAGGGAAAUAGCGAGUACAACGAGAAUAUCAUCAGACGUCUUCACAAGGUGCUCAGACCGUUUCUUUUGAGACGAUUAAAGACAGAGGUUGAAAAGCAGUUGCCUAAGAAGUACGAACAUGUUGUCAUGUGCCGACUUUCAAAACGUCAAAGAUAUCUUUAUGACGAUUUCAUGUCACGGGCCAAAACUAGAGAAACUUUGGCAAGUGGUAAUUUAUUGAGCGUCAUUAACGUACUAAUGCAGCUACGAAAAGUGUGCAACCAUCCAAACUUGUUCGAAGUUCGGCCUACUGUGUCGCCUUUUCAAAUGGAAGGAAUCAACUAUGUGACUGCAUCAUUAGCUUGGAGCGCUCUCGAUUAUGAUCCUUUCAAGCACGUCGAUCUAUCCUGUCUGAAUCUAUUCUUGAUAGACUUGGAACUUACCCUAACAGCAUUCGUAGCACAUAGAUCCAGGCAAUUGAGAACACCCCGAAAACUCAUAGAGGAAAUCGAUACUCAGCCUGAUCCACCUCCGAGGUGUCCAUCAGGGAAAAUUAAAAUUAACGUCAGGCUGUCUAACCAAAGUAAAACCUCGACAAACACGAAUACAAAUGCUACACCCCAACAGCAGCCUGCACCACCAGCGAAAUUGAAAAGCUUGACAGGACUUCUACCAACUCCAAAGGUCGGAACAUCGCCAUUGAUAAAGACAUUGAACAAUCAAACUCCUUCCGGACAAGGGGUGACUUUGAGGGUGGCCAGUGGACAAGAGCUACAAGGUUAUUCGGUACAGUUGGUGCAACAUCAAGGUAGCGUCAAAGCUAUUCCUGUCGCCACCUUGGCUCACACUCUGCAAACAACAGUGAAUUCUAUACCGACAACAGCGACGAUGAAUCCGCAACGUAUUACCGUAGGGAAUGCUAACAUUAAAGACGGUAUUCAGAGGCUAGCGACGCAGACUGUAACUGUAAAACAAGGAGAUUCUGUCCAAAGAAUAGCCGUGCCAAGUUUUGCCCAACUUGUCCAGACAUCGACCGGCAGGCACAUUAUUCUCACUUCAAAUCAACAAAAUACCAACACAGUUUCAUUUCCUGUAAUGACAUCAAAUGGUCAAAGAUUGACUGUCUUAUCCAAGUCUUUAAUGGGUUUGACGACAUCUGUUUCAACGGUAAACAGAGUUAUGUCAGGUGUUGUAACCACCACUACUCCUGCAACCAGUGGUAAGCCUAUAAUGAGGGUUCCUCCGCUAAACGUUACAACCUCGAUUCCUCAAACUACACCUGGAACACAGCAAGUACAACAGCAACCACUCAGAUGUGGAAUUGUCACUAGAAACUGCCAAAGUACUGCGGGUAAAAAUCAGAUCAAGGAAAUUCCAAAAUCUGAAUUUCAUUUGCCCCAACUGGACGAAGAACGCAGGCAGCGGAGGCAAGCUAAGCUUCAAACAAUCGCGAAUGUCAACGAGAGGCGUUGCGCAGCUUGUCCGUUUUAUGGAGAGGACCUUUUUGACGCUCUCAGAAUAGCCAAGCCAGCAAAAAAUUGUUGUUGGCAUAGCGAAGGGUGGUUAAAUUGCAAUAAUACGCAUAAAAACCCUCGGACCAGGCGGGAAUACUUUUCACGCACUGAAGCUCUCGCUGAAGCUAUAAAGUCUACCGAAUUAAUCGUCCAGCAGCUCCAAGAAGUUUUUGAAAGGUUUGUGGUUUACGUGCCUGCGGUACGAGCUCCUAUGCCAAAGUUUCAUGUUUCUCAUCCACCUCCACACAAGCUGUGGGGUCAGCAGAGACUGCAGAUAGAAUUGCAACGUGAGCUCUCUCCAAAGUUAGCACUUUUUCAUCCUGUUGCCAGUGCGAUGUUCACGCAGUUUCCAGACCCCCGCCUCAUUCAGUAUGACUGUGGUAAACUUCAGUCGCUGGACAAGUUACUGCGGAAAUUAAAAUCGGGCGGUCACAGGGUUCUAAUUUUCACUCAAAUGACCAGAAUGCUAGACGUUCUUGAAGCUUUUCUCAACUUUCACGGACAUAUUUACUUACGGCUCGAUGGCGCAACAAAAGUCGAUCAAAGACAGGUAUUAAUGGAAAGAUUCAACGGCGAUAAGAGGAUAUUCUGCUUCAUACUGUCAACAAGAUCUGGAGGUGUUGGUGUCAAUUUGACAGGUGCUGACACUGUCAUAUUUUAUGACAGCGAUUGGAAUCCCACAAUGGAUGCUCAGGCUCAAGAUAGAUGUCACAGGAUAGGUCAAACCAGGGAUGUUCAUAUCUACAGGCUAGUCAGUGAGAAAACUGUGGAAGAAAAUAUAUUGAAGAAAGCAAACCAGAAACGAUUACUCGGGGAUCUUGCGAUUGAAGGUGGAAACUUUACAACGGCGUACUUCAAGAGUUCUACCAUUCAAGAUUUAUUCAACGUCGAUCAAGCUGAGAAUGACGCGUCCGCCAGAAUGGCUGAUGUAUUGGAAAGAACUAAAGAAAGAGAUAAAAUAAUUCAACGUGAGCUGCUAGCUUCCACAACGCAACUAGCGUUAGCUCAAUCGUUAGAAGAUAAGGCUGCAAUGGGCGCGUUAGAAAGCGCGCUUGCCGCGGCCGAAGAAGAACUCGACGUGCAAGCCGCUAAGACCGCAAAAGCUGAAGCUGUUGCCGAUUUGGCUGAGUUUGACGAAAAUAUUCCACUCGACGAGGUUGAAAAGGAAGACACGCAAAUCAGCAAAGCUGAACAAGAAGUUCAACAUCUCGUACAGCAGUUAUCACCGAUCGAACGUUACGCAAUGAAAUUUGUGGAAGAAUCAGAAGGUAGUUUCUCGGCGGCUCAACUAGCGGCGGCCGAACGAGAACUUGAACAGCAGAAAAAGGAAUGGGAAUUGGGUAGGCUGAGAGCGUUGCGUGAGGAGGAGGAAAGACGAAUGCGACUUGCGGACGAUGACGAGAAGCCGUUGACAUUCGGACGCGAGGACGCCCAAAAUCAGGUUAAUAGUACUAGUAAUUCUAAAAAACUAGCUAUUAAGAAGACGCCAGCAAGUAGGCGAAGCUUACGUAAGAGAGGGAGUCGCGGGAUUCGUGAAUCGUCGGAAAGUGAGCCUGAGACUACCACAUCAGAGUCUGAGUCUCAGGAGGAUCAAUUAGAGGACAGUCCUGACGAAGAAUCUAGCCACACUGAGAGUCAGAGUCAGGAGGACGAAGAUGACGACGAGGGAGAUGAGGAGGAGGAGGAGGAUGACGGCGGCGGGGGCGGAGGGGGAGGAGGGGACAGGCGAAGCAAGUCCAAGAGCAAUGGCUCGUCUAGAAAUAAGAGUAAAUCUGGUAGAUCGAGUGACAAAAAUAAAUGGGAUUUAAACAGCCCUAGAACGAGGUCUAGGGGUGAUGUAAAAAUUAAUCUAUGGACCUUGGAUGUAAAACCUCUACUUCCUGGUGUGAAACCUGUCUCUUCUACUAGGCCUCCUAGGAAACGUGGAAAAUCAGGAUCCGACGACGUGAUCAUGCCUCCUCCACCUCCUGAUGCUUUGUCAAAAAAAAUUAGCAGCUCACCCACAAGCAUUUUCCAUCGUAGGCCUGAUACACCUCUACCUAUAGCUGGUAAAAAGGUUGUUAAUUUAGAAUUGAAAACUCAGAAUAAACGCACCGGGUCUAACAAUAGCAGGGUUAGGAAAGUAGAAAAUCACGAAUCUCUUAAUUCUAAAGGAGCUUCAAUUAAGUCCAAUACUAGUAACAUUGCUUCAAAAUUUAGUAGCAGAGAUUCUAAUGGUUUGGGGAAAACAGCAGAACGUCAGCGACAGCCUGUCGAAUCUUCAUUGGUUAUUGACAUAAAAUCUGAUCCGUUGAACGAUAUUAAAGACUAUACAAAGUCACAGACUGAUGAAUCGGUAAACGCGACUUCAGAUAAUAGUAUUGAAGUAGAAAGAGUCAAGUCCUCCUCCCCUUCAUUGUUAUCUAGUGUCGAGUCUGGCAAUGAUGGAGAAUCGGAGAUUCCUGAUCUCAAAGAUUAUAGUCCUCGAGAAAGUAGAAAAAAAUGUUGCAAAAAAUCUGAUGCAAGGAUCAGCUCUGAAAAUGAGGAUACGGAAGAAACUGCCAAUGAUUCUAUAUCUGUUGAAUUUCAAAAUUGUUCCGAUAAGAAGACAGUGCUUCUGAGGAAAAAAUUUCGCACAGCCCCAAACAAAGCUGCUGGGUACAUGAGUUCAGAAAGUUGUAACGUAAAUUCUACCAUUCGAAGUUACAAUUCCGUACACAAAUUAAAUUCUGACUCAGAUUCACAGGUAUGCGGAAGUUCUAGGUCGAAGAACUCCCAUUCGUUUUUGCCAUUUGUGAAACUAACAAAUUCUCUGUGCUCUUCUCGGCCUGAAUUUGGUCUCGUUGAAAACUCGAUCUCAAAAAGUAGAUCAAUCAGCCCGACUCCUGUGGCUACUGAAACGUGUAACACGAGCUCGUCUCAUAUUCUCAAGAAGACCGUAUUAAAUUCAAGUGCAGAGUCAAGUAAAAUACGGAGUAUAGAUAAUCAAGAAACGACUGAUACUUCUGAUUCUAAGAACUUGCCGAAAUCUUCCGAUCAUGAUUUGCAGGGUGUUAAAUCUGGUACUGUCAUUCACAAAUCUAAUUUAAACUCCACUGUCAAGUCCAGAAUUGCGAGGCCUGAUACUCCGUUCCCAGGUGUCACAACUAGGAACAAAAGCUCGACUGUCAACGCUUAUUUAAAAGUUCAACAAAUGCCUCCGGAUAUGGCAAUUGUUCUAAGACCGAGUACUCCUCCAAUGUCUGGAAUUGAGACCAGAAGAAUAACAAGGUCGGGUGCUACUCAAUAUAGUAGCGGCUCAAAUGUAAACUCUAAUUUACCAACUGGCUUUAAUAAACCCGUUACGAAAAUUGGAAGAGCACACAGGCCUGAUACUCCUCUCCCAACGUCUGAUUUAGGCAGAGUAACUAGAUCAGGUUCUAGUAGACCGAUUACAGCUUCACCUCAGAAACAGUCACAAAAAAUAGUGAAGAACGUAAUUUUGCCAGAUUUCAAGGUCCCAGAUAAUUCCCAGGUUUCCGAUCUUGAUCAAUCUAAUGAAAGCAUCAAAUCCGUGGAAAGUUCCUCUAGUUCGAAAUCCAGUACGUCGUCUGGCAGAGAGUCCGUUAGACUCUCUAAACGGAGUUCGAAUCACAAACCUGAAGAAGAGUUUCAAAUCCCAACUGAAUGUGUUAGGAGAACGCGUAGAUUUCAACAGAGUUUAAAUACUGACUCUGAAAAGUUCAUCAUACACAAACGGAGACCCGAUACUCCUUUGCCUGUUUCAUCUCGUUCGUUCAGAGUUACUCGAUCAACCGUAAAUUCAGAAUCGUCGCCGCGAUCCAGUAUCUGUGAAUUUUCGUCUGGCAUUCGAACAAGGGCUACUAGACAAUCGGGUGUGGAUUUGAGCGCGGUAGAUUCCUCCUUGUCUAAUCACAGAUUGGAUAUUGUUUCGGUAAAUGUUGAAACGAGUGAUACUAGCAUAAAUUCAGGCCCGAGCUCGAGUACACAAUCCACUGGCCACUUAUCCCCAAAGCUGAAAGCAAACCUAACAAAACGAUUAUCAAAUAUAUUGGGAACUAAGGCAUUUUGCGAGAAAUCCAGUAUUUCUAACACUGAUACAAACGCUAAUGCUGUUGACGCGAGGCUUAAAAGUCGGUAUGGCGUCCCUGUGGUCGAUCUUUCGGAUUGUCAGCCAUCCGGAAAGAGCCUACGAAAAACUAUUCCUUCCAAUUCAGUGAAGCCAGACUCGACAACUAAAACGUUAGAUAAUGAUGGCAAGUCAUGUUCAAUAAGUAAAAAAGAUAAGGUGGAUGGUACUGAUUCUAAAAAAUCUACUUAUUAUCCAUCUGUGACACUAGAACGUGAUGUUAGCAAAAAAACUCGCGAAUCAUCUGAAAUCAGAAGCAGUAGCAAUCGUUUUUCAUUAUCCCUGAACCACAGAUCACAACAGCUUAUGCCUGCAUCUAAACACAGACUUGGCGAUACGAAAAGUUUGAAGUCUUCUAACACACUCGAGUCAAGAGCAACCGAUGAUGGAUACUUGUCAAAAUCCGCAACCUUGCAUAGGUCGAAUACAUACUCAAAUUCCUAUUCAUCCAAAGCUUUUGUACGUGUCAGUAAGUUGAAGAGUAGCGAAGGUCGAAUCAGUAUUACGUCGUCUUCAUCAUUGGAACAAAGUUCCGAAUCCAUCAUUACAAAUAGUAAUGAUACCGAGGAAUUUUCGCAUCCUGAUACUCUAAGCCUUGAUUCCUCGGAUGUUGAUAUGUAUUCGAAAAUAGUGAAAUCGAGUCAUUCUGUGUCUGAUGAUACUGCCCAUGAUUCGGAUUCAGAAACUAGUGAAAGACAAUCCUUGGCUUGCGCUGACUCUACCGUACUAACUUAUAUUCGUAAAAUACCUGGCAGUAAUGAUUUUGAAUACAUACCUCCGCCUAAAAAGUACAGAAAGAAAAAGAGACUAAAUCGCAUUGCAUCGGUGAUGCCCAAGACUUUAUUAAGUAACAAAUCAGGUCAAAUUGAGGUAGCUGAAAUUGUAGAUGAAGAAGAUAAAAGCAGAUUUCGUUUUGGUAACAGAUCAACUCAUCAUCUUACAAUUAAGCCAAUGCCUCCUCCUUCUUCAGAAAAAUCAAACAAUAGCCCAGUGUCUUGAGUUCCACUUAGGCUUUAUUGUUACCCAUCUUAGUGAGACAGCAUCACUGUACAAAUAUUAACGUUUUUAAAUUCCUGCACGCGAAAACCAUGAAGAAUGGUUUUCAGAUUUGAAACAAAUUAUUGCUGUAGUUUCCAUCUCAUUCUUCUUCUCCUCCUAUUUUCUCUCUUCAUUUUUUCAUUUAAUUUUUCUUUAAGGAGCUCUUGUAAAUAUUGGCAACUAAGACAAAGCAAGUACACAGAUAGAAUGUCAUUGUCCUGAGUACAAUUGUCAUGCUUAUUUUUAUUUCUAAAUUUUUUUUUCUCAUAUAACUUGUAAAGCAAAUAAUAAUAAGAUAAUGAACGUGUCCGGUGGACGUAACUCUGUAAAUGCUUAGGUUAUCUACAUAAGUAAGUAAUGUUUCACAUAAAAAAGAAAAAAAUAAACAAGUGGAUCAUGCUCUUGACUGUACUAUAUUAGUUUAGAUUUUAGAGGUGGGAUAUCCUUGAUAAGUUACAGCGAUGCGUAGGCAUAAUUGAGUUCAGACCAAUGGCGAGAAUUCUUCACAUCUCUUGAUAAUAGUUGAGACAAAGAUAAGGACAAGAGAGAAAAAAUAAAUACCAUUCAGCAUAAUUGCGAUGAGCAAUGAUCACUUAAUUUCAUUGAGUACAUUGUAAACGUCAUAUACAUAUACAUUAUAUAUAUACGUAUCCGUACAUGUAUAUAAAUAUAUGUAUAUCGUAAGUCCUAUGAAAUCUGCGCAUUAAAAGAGCCCCACUGUAAUAUUAGCGAUAUUAAGAAGUUGUAUGCCUGUAUUUUGUAUGACCGAGUGAGUCCGAGAAAGUAAAAAAAACGAAAACAACAAUAAUAAUAAACGAAAUAUUCCUUGCUAUGAAAA